UGAGUCCCUCGGGCCGCCGGCCGAGGUGGAACCGGCAUGAAAAUGGACCCAGGAAGCUGUCCGCAAGGCGAGGUGCUGGACGGCAGCGGAAAGGACCCCCAUGAGACCGUCGGAGAAGUUGUCCAAAAAACACCAGACGCAACCUUAGUUAAACAAGAGCCCUGUGAGGGUUUGCUUCAACACUGGGAAGCCCAAUGGCAGGAGUUCCUGAAGAUGGUGGAGUCCCCUCAGCCCCUCAGCCAGACUGGCCCGUUGCCGGAGGAGCCCAAGCCAUGGGGCGACCCCAAGGCCUUCCUGGCUACCUUUGAGCAAGUGGCCGAAGCCUGCCGGUGGCCCCGGGAGGAGUGGGCAGCCCGGCUCCUGCCAGCCCUCGGCGGUGGAGCCAAGCAGUCUUUCCUUGCACUCGAAGCCCGAGACAGAGAGGAUUAUGGGAAAGUGAAGGCGGCCAUCUUGCGCUGGGAUGCCCUGAGGCGGGAGAAGCAGCGGCAGCGCUUCAGGGGCUUCUGCUACCAGCAGGCCAAGGGGCCGAGGGGGGCUCACAGGCAGCUCCGGGACCUUUGCCAGGCGUGGCUGAAGAUCGAGAGGCACAGCAAGGAGCAGAUCCUGGAGCUGCUGGUCUUGGAGCAGCUCCUGGCCAUCCUUCCGGCCGAUGUCCAGAGCUGGGUCAGGCAGUGGGGGCCAGAGACGUGCGCCCAGGUGGUGGCCCUGGCCGAGGAGUUCCUCCAGAAGGAUGCCGAAAGGAUGGAGAAGCAGGUGCUCACUCUCCUCGCGGAGGCGGCCGUCAGUUUCACGGGCCCAAGCCAGGCUCCUGCAGAUGCUGACCAGAAGCAGCUCAGCAUGGCAGCCAAGCAGGAGGACUAUGGCAGUGGCAAGAGAGGUCUGCUAGCCGCUGAAGGCUGUGUCGACGCUUGCGAAGAAGCAAAAUACAACCCAGACAGUCUGGAGCAAUUGGGGCUCCACGGACCCCCUCUGGAGAGGGCAGAGCAGAGCAUCUCCCCGUGGAAUCAGCGGGAGAAUCGGAACAGGAGAGAGAGCCGUCAGGAGAUCGACCCAGAGAAGACCACACGUGGCCCCAUUCCUUUCGGAGGAGAUCCCAAUGAUGUUGGUGAUAUCACGGUCCAGCAAAGAAUCUCCAACGACGGCAGGCAGGCGAGAGCGUUCGAAGGGCAGCAUGGUUGGCAGCAAGCGGAAUGGUACCCGAUCCCUCCUGGGUGCUCGCGAAACGACCCCCCUCUCUCGGGGCAUGAAAGAGCCCCAGCUCAGAAAGCUCCCUACCGGUGCGGCGAGUGCGGGAAGAGCCUCAGCCGCAAGGACAACCUGACCCGGCACCAGCAGAUGCACGCGGGGAAGAAGAAGCCCCACCAGUGCUCCUCUUGCCCCAAGACCUUCCGGGAUAAGUCUCACCUGAUCCGCCACGAAAGGAUCCACACGGGGGAGAAGCCCUUCAGCUGCGCCGCCUGCGGCAAGAGCUUCAGCUGCAACUCGUAUCUAGUGGUCCACGAGAGGAUCCACACGGGCGAGAAGCCGUACGCCUGCUCCGCCUGCGGCAAGAGCUUCAGCUGCAACUCGUACCUCCUGCGCCACCGGCGCAUGCACACGGGCGACCGGCCCUACAAGUGCGCCGCGUGCGGGAAGCGCUUCGCCUGCAGCUCCAACCUCAUCCUUCACAGGCGGACCCACACGGGCGAGAGGCCCUACGAGUGCACCUCCUGCCCCAAGACCUUCCGCCAGAGGUCCCACCUGAUCUUCCACGAGAGGAUCCACACCAAGGAGAAGCCUUUCCAGUGCCUCGCCUGCGGGAAGAGCUUCGGGCGCAACGCCCAGCUGGCACAGCACAGGAGGAGCCACACGGGGGAGAAGCUCCACAAAUGCUCCGUGUGCUCCAAGCGCUUCAGCUGCAUCUCCUACCUCAUCCAGCACGCGAGGAUCCACCAGCGGGACAAGCCCCACAAGUGCCCCGACUGCGGGAAGAGCUUCCGCCGGAGCGCCGAGCUCUCCUCGCACCGCAGGAUCCACACGGGGGAGAAGCCGUACCGGUGCUUCGAGUGCGGGAAGACCUUUGGCUGGAGCGCGGGCCUCACGUCGCACCGACGGACCCACACGGGCGAGAAGCCCCACAAAUGCGCGGCCUGCGGGAAAUGCUUCAGCCGCAAGCGGCUCCUCCUCGCACAUGGCAGGGUCCACAUCGGGGAGAAGCCCAAUGAAAAGCUAGCAGCCCAGGGUUCUAGCCUCCGCCUCCUCCCUGAUGUGUUAUUAGCUUUACAUAAGACCCCAGGUUCAAUCUCCAUCCAGGUCGCCCACCGAAGGAAGAAAUCCCCUUUCCUGGGCAUCUACGGAAAUAUUCGGAGACUGUCAGUGUCCUGCGGAGGUAUUGCCACCAGCCUGCAGAUGGAAGACCUGCUAGGCCUCAGACUGGUGGAAGGGUCAGAGGGAUCUGGGGGAAACCUUCAUGUUACCCAGAAAUACCCAAGAAGGACGCCACAUUCGCAGCAAAAGGUGAAACAGGAGCCAAGGGAAGGGAUCCUUCAGUGCUGGGAAGCCCAGUGGCAGCAGUUCCUGAAGGAAGUGGAGUCUCCUCACUCGGAGUGGGGGGUCCCACAGUGGCCAGAGGAGCCCACCCCCUGGAACGACACCAAGGCCUUCUUCGCCUCCUUUGAGCAAGUAGCCAAAGCCUGCCAGUGGCCCAAAGAGGAGUGGGUGGCUCGACUCCUGCCGGCCCUCAGCGGACAGGCCAAAUGGGCUUUUGGCAGCUUGGAGGCCAGAGACAGAGAGGAUUAUGGGAAAGUGAAGGCGGCCAUCUUGCGCGGGGACGCCAUCAGCAGGGAGAAGCAGCGCCAGCACUUCCGGCGCUUCUGCUACCAGGAGGCUGAUGGUCCGAGAGGGGCCUACAGCCACCUCCAGGAGCUCUGCCACCGCUGGCUGAAGGUGGAGAGGCACACCAAGGAGCAGAUCCUGGAGCUGCUGAUCCUGGAGCAGUUCCUGACCAUCCUGCCUCCAGAGAUCCAGAGCUGGGUCAGGGAAUGUGGCCCGGACAGCUGUUCCCAGGCGGUGGCCCUGGCAGAGGGUUUUCUACGGAGGCAGAAGGAGACAGAGAGAUGGGAACAGCAGAAGGAGCCUUUGCCAGACGAGGAGGGUGCUGUGGGUUUCUUAGGAACAGAGCGAACCUCUGUGCUUCCAGGCCAGACCCAGCUACGCAGAGAAGCAAAGGAAGAGAACGACUGUGGUGACAGCCUGCUGGAUUACAGGCAAACGAACGAGCACAACGAUCUGCAGGCAAGGCCCAAGCCAGUGGAGUUGCAUCGGGCAUCCCAAAGGAGGUCCGUUGAUUGCAGUCCCCGGGGUCCUGAGCAGGGGCAAACUGCUCCGAAGGAGCUCAGAACCAAAACCCGGCAGGGAAACCACGUCCGGAACAGAUUGCCGGUGUCCGUUUCCCCUGCGGCAAAUGGAAAGAUCUUCGGCGGAAGCCCGCCGCCCCAGACGCAGAAGAUGAGCGUUGUGUCCGGGGAGGACUCGGGGGGAAAUGCUCCGGAGAGGCCCUACCACAGGUGCUCCACCUGCGGGAAAACCUUUGGCCAGAGCUCACACCUUCUCUUUCACCAGAGGACCCACGACGUGGAGAAGCCAUACAAGUGCACCCAGUGCGGGAGCAGCUUCCACUCGCGCCAGGGCCUCAUCUACCACCAGCGGAGCCACGCGGGCGAGAAGCCCUACAAGUGCUCGUUCUGCGGGAAGACCUUCAGCCAGAGCUCCCACCUGCUGGUCCACUGCCGGAGCCACACGGGAGAGAAGCCCUUCAAGUGCCCCGCCUGCGGGAAGUGCUUCAGCCGGAACUCGCUCCUGACCGUCCACGAGAGGACCCACACGGGGGAGAAGCCCUACAAGUGCUCGCAGUGCGGCAGCAGGUUCCACUCGGGCUCGGGGCUCAUCAACCACAAGAGGAUCCACGCCGGUGUGAAGCCUUACAAGUGCGCCGAGUGCGGGAGGGACUUCAUCCGCAAAGCGCACCUCACCAGGCACCAGAGCGUACAUGGCGAAGGCAAGGCCGGCAGCCCUGUCUGCCUGGGGAAAGAGAUGCCAGCAGGGAAAGAGUUUGGAAAGGUUUAUCUCACCUGCAUAUUUUUUCCACUCCCCCAGACAGAAGCUCAACGCACCCACCUCGAUCACGCUGGUUUAUUCUGGAGUUUUCCGGGAGUUUGUCCCGGGAUGAAAAUGGAAAGGGAUGUUCCCGACGGCAGUACGCAAAGGGAAAGCCCCGGGAAAUCCAUUUGCGUCCUCCGGGACAAUGUAAGCCGCAAAACCAGGAUGGGCUUCCAGGGAGAAAGUGAAACCCCUGAAGCAGUGCAUUGUGGGGGAUCGUGCCGGAGAGCGACUCUGUGCCAGGUGAAGCAGGAGCCUGAAGAUGGUUUAGCCCAGUCCUGGGAAGCCCAGUGGCAGGAGUUUUUGAAGACGGUAGAGUCCCCUCACUCGGAAUGGGGGGUCCCCCAGUUGCCAGAGGAGCCCACCCCCUGGGAUGAUGCCCAGGCCUUCCUGGCCUCCUUCGAGCGAGUGGCCAAAGCCUGCCGGUGGCCCAAAGCUGAGUGGACGGUCCGUCUGCUGCCGGCCCUCAGCGGGGAAGCCGAGCUGGCCUUCAGCAGCCUGGAGGCCGGAGACAAGGAGAAUUAUGGGAAAGUGAAGGCCAUCAUCCUGCGAUGGGACGCCCUCACCAGGGAGAGGUGGCGCCAGCACUUCCGACGCUUCCGCUACCAGGAGGCCGAGGGGCCGAGAGGGGUUUGCGGGCAGCUCCAGGAGCUCUGUCGCCAGUGGCUGAAGGUGGAGAGGCACUCCAAGGAGCAGAUCCUGGAGCUGCUGAUCCUGGAACAGUUCCUGACCGUCCUGCCCCCGGAGAUCCAGAGCUGGGUGAGGGAGCACAGCCCGGAAACCUGCUCCCAGGCGGUGGCCCUGGCCGAGGAGUUCUUGCUGAGGCAACGAGAGGCUGAGAGACUGGAUAACCAGGUAUUAUUUGAGGAGCACGAGGAGGAAGAGGGUUCGUCUGAGGUUGACCAAACUUCUCCUGAUGCUGUGCAGAGGCCGGCCAACGUGGAAACCAAGCAGGAAGAUGACAACCACUACAAUGGGGAUCCCCGCCCUUCAGCAGGCAAAGGAUGGAUGGCGGCAGAUGAGGAGGAGAAAUAUUUGUCUGAAGAUUCUGACACGGUGGCGCCACGUGGGACUUCAGCAUGGACAGAAGAAGAAGAGAGUCUUUCCCCGUGUCACGUGCUCAAUGGUUCCUCGGCAAGUCAGGAAAGAACAAGGUGCUGUCAGGAAAUCUGCCCAGCACAGGAAGUAGAACUACCCAUUUCCUGUGGGGAAGGUCCCCAGGUCCCCAGGGAACCCGUGAUCCAAAUAGAGAUUGUUGCCGAUGAUGUGGGGGAGAAUGAGGAAGAACGGGAAUUACCUGGGAUAUUGUCCGGAAGAGAUGGGCAUGAACAGUUGAAGGAGAUCCUUUGGAAUCGAGAUGGAUCACAGAUGGAGGAAGGCAACCACACAGGGGGAAAUAAACCCCAAUCCGUACCUUAUCAGGAUGGGAACUUUUGUGACAUCCCAGAUCAACAAGAACAGGCAGAAAACAGAAGGGUCAAGGGCCUUGAUAUUUGUUGGAGAAUACACACAGAAGAGAAACCAAACCAGACCUUAGUGUUUGGGAAGAGCUUCGCUGAGGGCGGGAACCUUCCAGAAUUUCAAAUGCUCUGUGAAGAGCAGAAACCUUACAAAUGCUUUGUGUGUGGAAAGUGCUUCACACGGAGUACCAACCUUACUUCACACCAGAGAAUCCACACAGGGGAGAAGCCCUACGGCUGCCCAGACUGUAGCAAGAGGUUUUCUAGUCAGUCAGAUCUUAUUAAGCAUAAGAGAAUUCACAGAGGAGAGAAACCGUACAAAUGCUUUGUGUGCGGCAAGAGCUUUAGCCAGGGUGGGCACCUAACCUCGCACCAAAGAAUUCACACAGGGGAGAAACCCUAUAAAUGCUUGGAGUGUGGGAAAAACUUUAGCAAGAACACCAACCUUACUCUGCAUCAGAGAAUCCACACAGGGGAGAAACCAUACAAAUGUCUAGAGUGUGGGAAGAGCUUCACUUGGAAUUCAAACCUUACCUCCCACCAGAGAAUUCAUACAGGGGAGAAACCGUUCAAAUGCUCAGAUUGUAGCAAGAGCUUCUGCAAUCACUCGACGCUUAUUAAGCACAUGCGAAUCCACACAGGGGAGAAGCCCUAUAAAUGCUUUGUGUGCGCAAAAAGCUUCAGUCAGAGCUCUAGCCUCACUGCACACAAGAGAAUCCACACAGGGGAGAAACCAUAUAAGUGUUCUGAAUGUGGAAAGAGCUAUAGCAAAAACACAAAUCUUAUUUCACAUCAGAGAAUUCACACAGUGGGAAAACUGCGUAAGUAAAUUGUUGCAUUAAUGCUUGGAGUGUAGGAAGAGCCCUCAAUGUAUACAUAUAGGGAAAACCAUAGAAAUUAAACUUUUACACAUGAAGAAAUCUGGCUACCAUCUUAUUAGAUAUUCACACAAAGAAGCUGUAUAAAUGUCUAGAUGUCUAGAGGCCAAGUUAUAA